UAUAAAGAAACAGCAGAUGAAAAGGGGGCGAACUAACUUGCCUCCAAUUGUCCAGUCUCACGUCAUGGAAAUAGUUACUUUGUUGAGUCUUUCCAGCGCAAACAAACCGCUCUAAACUAGGAAAACGUUGGAUUUUGUCGCGUUAGUUGUUUAAUGUUUCGCUUUGUUUUUUUAUCUCGCCCCUUUUGGAUCUCAUUUAAAGAGGGAGGACCGAUAGAAGAUGCGCGCGGACCUGUUUACAAGGAAAUAGCUCCUAAGUUUCAGUGCAAGGGAAUGCGCACGGAUACUCAUGGGCUGCACAUUGUCACGCCAGUACACUUUGUCUUGGAAAUAUUCGCGCCGAGGAUAAUCAUUACGCACGGGAAUACGCGGCGACGUUUGGGCUUUUGGCACAAGUGAAUUACGCACGGCUAUAGGAUCUCGUAUGUGGAAUAUUUCAACGGACUGCUGCUUGCUUUUUGAUACGCCAGCUUUGUUUGCCAACCUGUUGUCUGCUCAUGUGAAUGGAGAGCUGUUGUAACAAGGGAGGUAAUGCGUAAAGUUGUUACAAAACGUUAGAUGACAGAUUGCAUGACGAUACGUAGGAUUAUCAGGUCUAUGUUAUGUUUACGUCUCUUAGAGGACACGUUUUGUGCUUAUAACUGUUAAUUUUACAUAAGCCACAGCAUUGUUUUGGCACACCUGAUCCAGCAGCUGCAAUGUAAUAUGAUAAUAGCUUCAAUUUUACAGUGAAACCAGUGUCAGAUUUUUUUCCAAUACACCAUGCACUGAAAGAGCGAGUAAGUACGUAAUCUAAAAGGCUAUAGAUGGUAGAAUUUAGGAUCGAGGAAACCACUCAAGAUGUCAGUGAAAGCUAGAGCUAUAUAUACUUUCCAGAGCGAAAACAAAGAGGAGAUUAGCAUACAGGAAAAUGAAGAGGUGCUUAUUUUUGAUGAGAACUCGGUGGACGGAUGGUUUCAAGGCGAGAACAGCCGCGGACAGCGAGGACUCUUCCCUGCGUCCUACGUGGAGAUCAUACGCGGUCGUUCCAACUCCAACCUGACCGACGAUUGUUCGAUAAGCCCGGCUGGAUCUCUGGGCAACGACUCCACCUACAUCCACGGAACGCCGAAUUCCACCAACGCGCACUUGCAGCAAAGUUACAGCUACGACGAUGACGACUACGACGAUUGGGACGACUGGGACGAUCGGUCGACUGUGGUGGAGGAGCUCGAUCACACGAGUCACACGACGAGGGGUCCGGGCGCCAAUGGGCAUGCGCACCAGAGUUCCGUCACGAACUCUAGCAACCCCAACGUGCACUACCGCUCCCGCCCGCCCAUGGAGCGUCAGGAUAGCAUCUCCAGCGCCAGAAAAAGUAGCAGUAUGGUGGGGAGAAACUUGAAUCGAUUUUCUAGUUUUGUUCGCUCAGGGGUAGAAGCGUUCGUUUUGGGCGAUGUCCCGAUGAUGGCCAAGAUAGCCGAAUCCUAUACGAUUGAGAUGGGACCAGUUGGACCGCGUUGGAAAGACAACCCAAAUCCCUUUAUAUGUUCCAUUGAAGACCCAACAAAACAGACCAAAUUUAAAGGCAUCAAAACGUACAUAUCAUACCGUGUCACCCCUACCCACACGGGGCGCCCUGUUUACAGACGUUACAAGCACUUCGACUGGCUUUACAACAGGCUUUUGAACAAAUUCACAGUCAUUUCCGUGCCACAUUUGCCCGAAAAGCAAGCGACCGGGCGAUUCGAAGAGGACUUUAUCGAAAAACGGAAAAGACGACUCGUAUUAUGGAUGAAUCACAUGACUAGUCACCCAGUUCUGUCCCAGUACGAGGGCUUUGAGCACUUUUUGAUGUGCGCGGACGACAAGCAAUGGAAGUUGGGUAAACGGAGAGCAGAGAAGGACGAAAUGGUCGGCGCCCACUUUAUGCUGACGCUUCAAAUCCCGAACGAACACCAAGAUUUGCAGGACGUCGAGGAGAGAGUGGACACUUUUAAAUCGUUUGCCAAAAAAAUGGACGAUAGCGUUUUGCAGCUAACGCACGUGGCUUCGGAGCUGGUUCGGAAACAUCUGGGCGGAUUCAGGCGGGAGUUUCAGAGACUGGGCAACGCUUUUCAGUCUGUGAGUCAUUCGUUCACUCUGGACCCGCCUCACUGCUCGGACGCCCUCAACAAUGCAAUCUCGCACACGGGACGCACCUACGAGAACAUCGGGGAGAUGUUCGCGGAGCAGCCCAAAUAUGACCUCUUCCAAAUGCUGGACAAACUGUCGCUGUACCAAGGCCUGCUCGCCAACUUCCCCGACAUCAUCCACCUGCAGAAAGGAGCGUUUGCAAAGGUGAAGGAGUCCCAGAGGAUGAGCGACGAGGGGAAGAUGGACCAGAACGAGGCGGACGGGAUCAGGAAGCGCUGCCGGACGGUCGGUUUCGCUCUCCAGGCCGAGAUGAGCCACUUCCACCAGCGGCGGGAGGUGGACUUUAAAGACAUGAUGCAGGCCUACCUCAGAGAACAGAUCGCAUUCUACCAGCGAGUCACACAGCAACUGGAACGCACCCUUCGCAUGUACGAGACCCUGUGAACUCUGACCAAAAAGACACCAAAAACUCACCAAAAAUGGACAGAAUGUGUGGACCAAAAUGCCAAAUAUUUAAAGGGUGUUAUGGGGUUAAGGAUGGGGGUGGUUGUUGAAAAUGGACACUACUACUUGGGCAGUUUUUGUUGAUGCAAUGCUUUUAAUGAGCUACUGUAUUUUUAUUUUUUAUUUUUUUUUUACAUACUUCAAAGUCUUAAGAUGACGGAAUAUGGUGGAAUUUGUUUCAGUAGUUCAAUGGUGAAACUUUAGUAUGUGCAUUGUAAAAUACUGCCAAUAUAAACACACACAUGCAAAAUUACAUAUAAAGUAAAAAAAAAAAAUUUACAAAUUAGAAGCACUUGAAAAGGAAUUGGUCUCAAUGUGACCUCAAAUUUCCAAAAAAUACUCUAAUUAAAGUGAAGCUAAACACUAAAUCCUAAAUUUUGGUGUUAACUAGGUACAUUUGCCGCCUAAAUCUAAGUUUGUGCUUCGUCUGUAUUGUAAGUACUGUAUUUUUUGGACUAUUAGUCGCUCCGUAGUAUAAGUCGCACUGGCCAAAAAAUGCUUAAUGAAGAAGAAAAAAGCAUAUAUAAGUUGUACUUUUUGGGUGAAAUUUAUUUUAUAAAAUCAGAGACCAGGAACCAACAUUUCAUCUUGAAAGUCAAGUUCUAGUAAUAACAACAGAACAGAGAACAACAGACUGUUAACGUCACACUAUGAACAGUUCUUCAGAUAAACUAUAACAUAAACAACAGAACAGAACAAGUUUAACAAACUCUCCAUCUCACUCCAAAUCACUAAAUCCACAGAAUUCUUCAUCCUUGGUGUCACUUCUGAGCAACUCCGCGACCUCCAGAGUUAAACAGAGCGCCGCGUCCUCUUUUGUGUAGCUGUCAUCAGACUCAGCAUCAGUUCCAGUUACAAUUAUUCUGGCCUUUCUGAAUCCCAACAGAAUGUUUUUGGUUGUCUUUAUGUUUGUUUAAAUUUUAAAUUGUCAGUGAUACAGAAGUAAUAGUGUGAUCGACUGACACAGAACAGAGGCUCUUUCUCUUUCUUCUGCAGCCGACAUGCGCAGUAGAGCCACGUGACGGUGGUACAGGAGUACACAAACCUAGAGCGCCCUUUCGCGGCUGUCAUUGUGAAAAUGUUAACAUGUAAGUUGCACUGGAGUAUAAGUCGCAGGACCACCCAAACCAUGAAAAAAAGUGCGACUUAUAGUCUGAAAAAUAUGGUAGUUAGUGACAUCCAUAGAAUGUGUAAAAAAGUGGACCAAGUGAGUGUGACGUCAUUCAGUGCCAGUCAAAUGAAGUUUGCAAUGCUAACAGUUACAGGAGCAAAUCUGGAGCCAGGCUCUAUAUUAUGAAUAGGAUUCUUUUGAAGGACAAAAUUGUGGGGGAAAAAAACAAAACAGGAUUACACAGAGUGGGUUAAUGCAAACAUUUUAAGAGCAAAAUGUAGAUGCUCACUGCAGCUUGUACAGAGAGAGGGAUGACAAUAUUCCAAUGUAAGUCAAUGGGAGCCAGGGUCAGAAGGAGCCAGAAGAGUCACAUGCAAACUACCUAUUUGGCAUGCCAUGGCUCUGUCCAUUUACAUAUACAGUCUAUGAUGACGUCACGCAAGACUGCCCUGAUUAAAUCCAGGAUGGUGUUUCUGAUUACAAACACUUGGAAAUGUGCUUAUGGCGGCGUUUAGGUGUUUAGUUCCACUUUAAACUGAACUACUGAACCAAACUCCAGGUCAUGUUCAGAUUCACUGAUGUAGCAGCACUCAUUGACACAACUGCAGCAAACUGUCUCUGACUUGCAUAAUUUAAUGUAUUAUGUUCAUGUAAAAUAAGAUAUAGGUUUUAAAUUCAUAGUGGUUUAUAGGUAAUGACAAUAAAGCCAUACAAUGGGUUGUGA